AUGUCAGCACGACAGACCCAACCGGUAGCCAACCCUCAUGUCAAGAUCUCGCCCUCUCAUGGCCUCGCGACUAUCGCCGGAUUGGAUGAGGAGAUGAAGAUCACCAUGCUUGGCGCCGGUCAAGAGGUCGGUCGAAGUUGUUGCGUGAUCGAGUACAAGUCCACGACAGUUGUUGGUGAUACUGGUAUUCACCCAGCCUUUAGUGGGAUGGCAGCCCUCCCGUUCAUCGAUGAGUUAGAUUGA